AUGUCCGGAACGAGAGAGCAAGUCUUCCCCACACGUAUGACCUUGGGGGUCAUGAAAACCAAAUUGAAAGGUGCCAAUCAAGGUUAUUCAUUAUUAAAGAGGAAAUCUGAGGCUCUAACUAAGAGAUUCAGAGACAUUACUAAGAGAAUUGAUGAUGCCAAACAAAAAAUGGGGAGAGUUAUGCAGACUGCAGCUUUCUCAUUGGCAGAAGUUUCUUACGCGACUGGUGAAAAUAUCGGGUAUCAAGUGCAAGAAAGUGUAUUGAAUGCCAGAUUUAAAGUUAGAGCUCGUCAAGAGAAUGUUAGUGGUGUUUAUUUACCACAAUUUGAAUCGUUUGUGGAUCCAGAGAUUAAUGAUUUUAAGUUGACGGGGUUGGGUCGUGGUGGUCAACAAGUGCAGCGUGCGAAGGAAAUUUAUUCAAAAGCUGUGGAAACUUUGGUGGAAUUGGCUUCGUUACAGACCGCUUUUAUUAUCUUGGAUGAAGUUAUUAAAGUGACGAAUAGAAGAGUUAAUGCUAUUGAACAUGUUAUUAUUCCAAGAACUGAAAAUACAAUUGCUUAUAUUAAUAGUGAAUUGGAUGAAUUAGAUAGAGAAGAAUUUUACAGAUUAAAGAAAGUGCAGGAAAAGAAACAAAAAGAAACGGCAAGACUCGAUGAAGAAAUGAAAAUUAAACGACUAGCUGAAGAAGAAAAAGCAAAGAACGAAAAUCUAAAUGAAGAAGGAAACGAGCAAGAAGUGAAAAAUGAAUCGAGCCCAGAAAGAGAAACAAGUGCACUUGUGGAAGAACAUGAAGAAGAUGUCAUUUUCUGA